AUGCAAACCGAUAGUGAAUGUGAAAGUGAUGUUUCAUCAAUAGCUGAUUCAUCAGUAACAAAUCCAAAUCAAUUAAUAGUUAAUCGUGAACAUUUAUUAAAACGUGUUGAUUCUUUAUCACAAGAAAAUCGUGUUCUUAAAGUUGAACUUGAAACAUACAAAUUACGUUUAAAAGCUUCACAACAAGAAAUCAAACAAUUAAAACAUGCAAGUGUUCAUAUGCAAGCUAAAGCUGAACAAGAAGAAGAAUUUAUUUCAAAUACACUUUUAAAAAAAAUUCAAGAAUUAAAAAAAGAAAAAGAAACUUUAGCAAAUAAUUAUGAACGUGAAGAAGAAUUUUUAACAAAUGAUUUAUCAAGAAAAUUACAACAAUUAAGAGAAGAAAAACAAACUUUAGAACAAUCAUUAGAACAAGAACAAGCAUCACAAAUUAAUAAAUUAUUAAAAAGAAUUAAACGUUUAGAAGCUGAAACGAUUAAUAAACAAACUACUCUAGAACAAUUAAAAAGAGAAAAAAUUGAAUUAGAAAAUACUUUAGAAAAAGAACAAGAAUCAUUAGUUAAUCGAUUAUGGAAAAGAAUGGAAAAAUUAGAAACAGAUAAAAGAUUACUUCAACAAAAACUUGAACAACCUGAUCAAACAAUUAAUUCAACAAAUACUGAUUGUCAUCCAUCAUCAUCAGUUGAUUCAACAAUUGUAAAUACAAAUCCAGUAUCAAUAAUAUCAACCGAUGAUAUGUCAUCUCGUUCAAAUUCAGUUAUAUCAGCAAAUAUAACAAAUCGUCUUUCAUUACCAAAUGUUGAUCAUAUUCAACAAUUAAAACGUGAAGUUGAUAAACUUAAAAGAGAAUUAAGUCAUACACAAGAAUCACAUCGACAAAAAAUGGAACAAUUCGUACGAGAAGAACAAGAUAUUAGAAAUGAAAAUUUACGUUUACAACGAAAAUUACAACUUGAAGUUGAUCGUCGUGAACAACUCUGUCGACAAUUAAGUGAAAGUGAAUCAUCACUUGAAAUGGAUGAAGAACGUGCAUUAAAUGAACGAAUGAAAGCUUUUCCUAAACAACAAAGAACUAGUUCAUCAUCUCAACAACAUUUACAACGUUCAAGAACAGUUUCAAGUCCAUCAUCAAAUCAGAAUUUAAAUCUUGAACAAAACUCAUCAACAACAAAUGAUUUUCAAAGACCACGACCUCCAUCAACUAGUUUAGAUAAUCCUAAUCAAAUGGAAUAG